UCGCAGCUCCUUCUCUCGCAUUCACAAAACCAAUCUCCACCAUCUUCGCUUACAAAGAAAACCACUACACAAAAGCCAUGGGAAAUUGCUUAGCGCUGCAAGACAAGGUUGUGAAAAUCAUGAAAGCAGACGGAAAAAUUCUGGAAUACAAAACACCCAUCAAAGUGGAAGAGGUUCUGCUACACUUUUCUGGGCAUGCAGUGUCCGAAUCUCUCACAGUGGUGCGGUAUCUUGAGCCACAGAGAAAGUUGGUGAGAGGACAGUUAUACCACCUUGUGGCUCUUCCACCACCAUCACCAAAAAGCAACAAGAAGGUGAGGUUCGCGGAGCCAGAAGUUGAAGAUGUAGAGAAAAGUAAUAACGUGGUUAGGAUUAAGCUUGUUAUUAGUAAGCAAGAACUGCAGAAUAUGCUGCAGAAUGAAGGGUUUUCUGUGACCAAGAUGUUGUCUCUGGUUCAUGAGAAUAAGGGUGAAGAUUUGUCUCAGAAGAACGAUGAUGUUUCGCAAGGGUGGAAACCGGUGUUGGAAAGCAUACCUGAAGUAAAGUAGCAAUGUAUUCCAAGUUCCAAUACAGUUUCAUGCUUCAAUUUUCCCUUUUUUUUUUUUCUGGCUUGCCUUAUACAGUGUAACACACAUUAGAUGAGAAAAGAAAGAAGAGACUUAGACUUCAUUAUCUUUUUCUCAAGGUUACAUAUCAAACCAAAAACGAUCGCAAGUAAUUCAGAACACUGAGAAAGUGUGCAGGAAGCAUAAGGGUUCAUAGUAAAAAUCUGUUUACAGAGGGAUUAAUGGAAAAAUAUAUGAUGAAUGAAGAAACAGAUAAGGGUUCACGAA